CGGUCCUCCGGAAAGGGACUCACGCCCUGCCCUCACUUCCGGUUUCUCCUCAAGGGCCGUGGUGACAGGCGCAGUUUAUAAAUUCGAACCAAUCGUCUUGCUACUUUUUACAAACCCUCAUUAGCAUAACAGUGAACCCACGGCUUUGACCCCAGAGGUCUAGAGACCGGUAGCCGUUAGAGGGCCGGUCGCGCACGCCAACGUCCUGUUUCCCAGGGUGCACUUGGACUCUGGUCUGUGCCCAGAGAUUGGUGGGAGCUUCUGGGAGCCGCUGAAGACAGUGCGGGCAGAGCCUGCUCUCAAGAGCUGUUUGGCUGCAGAGGUGGCUGCUUAGGAGGGUCCACCUGCCAGUCCAAGCAGGAAAUCAUAUUUUCCUUACAGGAAUCAAAUUUUAGGAAGGCUUUCUGUCCUGGAUCUGGAGCCCAGGUUUCUGUGCAAUGCAGAAUCUGAAAACAAACCACAGGGAGAAUGCUGAGAACUCUGAAAGCCAGGAAAUGGUACUGUUAACAUUCAGGGAUAUAGCCAUUGAUUUUACUCAAGAGGAGUGGGAAUGCCUUCAGCCCGCUCAGAAAAACUUAUAUAAAGAUGUGAUGUUAGAGAACUAUAGAAACUUUGCCUUCCUUGCCCUGACUCCUCAAGAUACCGAAGAAUAUUCACCAGAAAAGGGCAUAAAACAUAUAUUUCACAAAGUGAUAAGUGGAAAAUAUACAAGUUGUAAUAUUGACUAUUUACAACAAAAGAAAAUAUGGAAAACUACAAGUGAGAGUGAACAACAGAAGUCAUAUAAAAAUUCAGACCUUGUUUACCACCAGAGAAUUUAUACUGGAGAGAAGCCCUACAAAUGUGAAGAAUGUGGAAAAGCUUUCAGUCGAAAAGAAGGCCUUACUUACCACAGCAGAACUCACACGGGAGAGAAGCCCUACAAAUGUAAAGAAUGUGGAAAAGCUUUCAGUCGAAAAGAAGGCCUUACUUACCACAGCAGAACUCACACGGGAGAGAAGCCCUACAAAUGUAAAGAAUGUGGAAAAGCUUUCAGUCGAAAAGAAGGCCUUACUUACCACAGCAGAACUCACACGGGAGAGAAGCCCUACAAAUGUAAAGAAUGUGGAAAAGCUUACAGUCGAAAAGAAGGCCUUACUUACCACAGCAGAACUCACACGGGAGAGAAGCCCUACAAAUGUAAAGAAUGUGGAAAAGCUUUCAGACAAAAAGAGGGCCUUACUUACCACAGCAGAACUCACACGGGAGAGAAGCCCUACAAAUGUAAAGAAUGUGGAAAAGCUUUCAGACAAAAAGAAGGCCUUACUUACCACAGCAGAACUCACACGGGAGAGAAGCCCUACAAAUGUGAAGAAUGUGGAAAAGCUUUCAGUCAAAAAGAAGGCCUUACUUACCACAGCAGAACUCACACUGGAGAGAAGCCCUACAAAUGUAAAGAAUGUGGAAAAGCUUUCAGUCAAAAAGAAGGCCUUACUCGCCACAGCAUAACUCAUACUGGAGAGAAGCCCUACAAAUGUAAAGAAUGUGGCAAAGCUUUCAGUCGAAAAUCAAACCUUACUCGCCACAGCAUAACUCACACUGGAGAGAAGCCCUACAAAUGUAAAGAAUGUGGCAAAGCUUUUAGUCAAAAAUCAAACCUUAAUCACCACAGCACAACACACACUGGAGAGAAGCCCUACAAAUGUAAUGAAUGUGGCAAAGCUUUUAGUCAAAAACUAGACCUUUUUAGGCACAGCAGAAUGCACACUGGAGAGAAGCCCUACAAAUGUAAAGAAUGUGGCAAAGCUUUUAGUCAAAAAUCAUGCCUUAUGUGCCACAGCAGAAUGCACACUGGAGAGAAGCCCUACAAUUGUAAAGAAUGUGGCAAAGAUUUCUAUCAAAAAUCACACCUUAUUCGCCAUAGCAGAACUCACACUGGAGAGAAGCCCUACAAAUGUAAAGAAUGUGGCAAAGCUUUUAGUCGAAAACUAUACCUUAUUAGGCACAGCAGACUGCACACUGGCGAGAAGUCCUAGAAAUGUAAAGAAUGUGACAAAACAUACAGUCAAAACUCAUACCUUAUUUGCCAAAGAAGAACUCACACUGGAGAGAAGCCCUACAAAUGUAAAGAUGGUGGCAAAGCUUUCAGUCAAAAAAUAGAUGUUAUUUUCCACAGCAGAAUUCACACUGCAGAGAAGCCCUACAAUUGUAAAGAAUAUGGCAAAGCUUUCAGUUGAAAAAUCACACCUUGUUUGCCACAGGAGAACUCACACUGGAGAGAAGCCUCACAGAUGCAAAGUAUGUGACGAAGUUUUUACUCAAAUAUCAACCCUUAUUACCACAACAGAAUUCACAUUGGAGAAAAGCCCUACAAAUGUAAGGAAUGUGGCAAAGCUUUUAGCCAUUAAACAGGCCUUAUUCACCACAGAAGAACUCCCACUGGAGAAUAGCCCUACAAAUGUGAAUAAGGGGAAAAACUUUUAAUAAGAAAUAAAACUUUAUUCACCACAGCAGAAGACACCCUGGUGAAUGUGAAAUGGUAGAUAAAGUGAUAAUACUUUUAAAGAAAAACUAAACCUCAUUAACAACAGAAUUUAUACAGAAAAGAACCCCUAAAAUGAAAACAAUGUAGCAAAGCUUUUAAUAAGAAAUCAAUUCUUUUUCACCACUAAGAUAUUUAUUCUGGAAAGAAGACAUAAAUGUAAAGAAUGUAGAAACAUUUUAAAUUAUAUAUCAUACAUUACUAGACAUCAGAGAAAACACACUGGAGAGAAGCUUUACAAAUGAGACCAUUGUACCAUUCCUCUAAGAAAGAGUCAAUAUUGAAUCCUCACCACAAUAACCAUAGAAGAGACAAAGUUUUGAAAUGUGAAAAUUGACAAUGUGACAAUGCCUCCAAAAUUUAUUCACCAAUACUCAGCACCUGUGGAUACAUACUGGUUAGAGAGAAUACAGAUGGAAAAAAAAAACAUUUCUUAACCACAUGUUUCUUAAACACUACUGAUUUUUGGAGAAUUCAUUGUAUCCAGAAACCCUAAACAGUUAAAUAAUAUUUUGAAAACUUAUUCAAAUUUAAAUUCAUUGAACAUCUGAAAACUCAUACCAGUAGUGAACAUUGAACAGAUUUUGUCCAAAAUGUAUGCCUUAUAUAAAAAUGAAACAUUUAUAAUAAACACUUUGUCAAAUGUGAAAAAAAAUAAAUAAAUUGAAGUACAGAUGGGAAGAUAAGUUUAGUGCUAUUCUCUUUCUUUACUUUCUUAAAAUCAUAGAAUUUUUGGCCUAGAAUUAUGCCAAAAUUUAUGCAUAAUAACAAUUCUCCUUUAAAAAAAAUGUGGAGUUAGAGUUUAUGCUACUUGAAUCUUAGAAAUUCAUAACUUAUGACAUGAAUUUUUUCAUUAAAAAUGUUUUCUCUCAAUUUUAUUAUCCAGAUUAGUAGGAUUUCUUCUCAGUAAAAUAAUAACAACUUCAAUAAAAAUGAUGGCUUUAACAAAAGUCGAUAAGAAAGAAAUUCUGUCACUUAUAUUCAAAAAUUACUAACUUCCUAUGUUCAUAUUCAGGUAAAGCAUUUUGUUAAUUAGCAGAAUCCUAAAACUGAGAUUUGAGGAAGUUUUAAUAGAUUAUGUUUUAAGAGGAAAAAAUGUCAAGGAUGAGGAUAUAAACAUCUACCUACAAUAUAUUGAUAGUAUAUAUCUAUAGUAUAUUUAAAGUAUAGAUGUAAUAUGCACAAUAUGUAAAUAUAUGUUUAUGUAUAUGUGUAUAUAUAUUUCAUACAUAUAUAUGUAUACAUAUUUAAAUCAAGGCACUGACAGCAAUCACACAAAAUUGAAAACAUCUCAUAAACUUAUAAGAAAUCUUGUAAUAACUGUCCCCUUUAACAAAUGUAUAAUGGUUAAUGGCUGGGGAUAUAACUUAGUGGCAGAGUGCUUACUAGCAUGUAUGAAGCCCUGGGUUCGAUCCACAGUACCAUUAUCAAAAAAGUGAAAUCUUGUGGGCUGGGCAUGUUAACUUUGUGGUUUUGCAGUUGUUCAGCAUGUGUGAGGCCCUGGAUUCAAUCCCCAAUACUCACAAAAUACAUCAAAUGUAUAAUGGUUAAAGCCAGAGACUAUGGGGAUCACUCCUUGAUCUUUGUUUUUACAUAGAGGCUCUUCCUACCACUGGGUAGGGUUAAUACUUGGCAUGUAUAAAACUUUGCUAAAGAAACUUUGUGAGUUCUUGUGUCCUAAUUAUUUCUUGUCUUCUGUAAUUUACAGAAAUUAUUUUUGGAUUAUAAAAUGUUUUAAACAUGGAAAGAGAAUAUUUUUUAGAAAUUAAUUAUUUAUAUAUAUAUCCUAGCAAAUGACAGGCUAAUAGAGAUUUGUGAUGGAGAUUACAGUGUUAAGAUAUAAUCACAGUUUUCAUGCAGUGAUAUUUUAAGCAAUUUUUAGAGAUAUCUUUAAUUCUUAAAAACAAAAAAAUUACUGAAAAAUCUUGUUUCAGCAUUUUGAAAUAUCUGAUGACAUGAAGGUUUACAUGGUAACACAAAUCAAACAAAAAUGUUAAAAUACUGACAUGAAAUACAAAUCAACCUUUUCUCCCUAACUUCUCUAGGAGCACAGUCUUUGCUUUUCCAUGGCACUUGAUUCUGUGGGUUCUCUGCAUGUAUAAGGGUAGAAGAGAACUGAAUGAAGAAAGCCAUAGUCACUUGAGCUCCUACUAAAUUAUAUAAGAUAUAACAUUAUUUUUUUCUCCUCAGUAAAUUAGUAAUAGCUACCAUAGUUUAAGCAUAAUAAAAAGGCUGAAUUAUGAUAUAUCUAUGACCAACUUAAGGAUAUUCAUUCUCAGAAUAUUUGUGUAAUAAAUAUGAUUUUUGAUAAAUGUACUAUUAUUUUCUAAAAUCAUGAAUACAUAAAAUACCAUUCCAUAAUAUACAUACACACAAAAAAAUUAAAAUUAAUAGUAAUUGUUCUUCAGAAUAUUUGGGAAAAAUUAUUCAGUGUUGGCUCCUAAAAUACUCAUAAAUUAUAAACAGUAAAUGUUUAUUUGUCAAGUGUGACCAUUUGAAAAAAAAUUCUUACAAAUAUAAUUAACUUCUUAAUUAUAAUCUCAUAAACUUUCUAGUGGGCUAUUUGAAUAAAUACCAAAUUUCAUGUGCUAAACUAUUUAAAACACACAAAUAAUCAUCUAGUCUUUUAUGAAACAAAGUAAUGAUUAUUGUGCUUUGACUUCAUGCAGUUUAUCCAAAGGCCAUAUGUCCUUAUGUUGAAAUUGUAUUUUUCUUAUAAUUAUGUACAAAAUGUAUUCUGUGUAAAAUAUGCAAAUAUAAAAUUAUAAAUAUACUUAGGCAAACAGCAAUAGAAGUUUUAACAUAAUUUUAUAUAUAAUCUCUGAACAUUUGUUAGCUAGUCUAGACAUCAUGGUCUCAGGUCCCUUCCAUAUUCUUUAAUGUUAUUGAGGGCUCUGGAGAAAUGUUGUUUUUGAUACUAUAUUUGAAAUUAAAACUGAAAAUAAUUUUAUUCAUUAAUAAUCUCCAAAUAACAAUAACCAAUACAUGUUAAUAUAAGUAAAAUACUUGUAGAAAACAGGUAUUAUUAUGAAAACUUUUACCAAUAAAAUUGUAUUUUUAUGAAAACCUAUUAUACAAACAUAAAUUUCAAACUAUUCAUUGAGAAGUGUGCCUUUUUUUUGGUUUGCUAAUUUUUUAUAUUGCUAAUUCAAAUACCUCUUAAUAUUUGCUUAAUAUAUGAAACAUCUGUUGCAAUAUUCUGUUCUGAAUGAACUUCAGAAGGAAAGUCUUGCCUCACAUUGUUAUGUAGUUGGAAAAAUACGUAGCUUUCAGAUAAUCGUUGGUAUUCUUUGAUAUUAUAGAGAAAUUGACAAAUGAUAAUUUAUUAAAAAUUGUUUUCAGUAUUUUAAAAUAAAUCAUGUCAUUAAGCCUGUUGUAAUCAGUUUCAUUUAAAUCCAUUGUUUAAUCUCUCUUUCUAAUUAGAAUUUUUUUUGAACAUAUAUUAUUUUGUUAUAUCAGUCAAUGGUAAUUUUGAAAACGUCAGUUUUUGGAGUUAUGUAGAACUUGUAAAGGUUGACAGAUUUCAUUAUGUAAUAUCAAAUAAUCACAUGGUAACACCACCAAAAAUCUCUUUUAAAAAGACUUUAUUUUUUUUUUUUUUUUUUUUAUAUCAAUUUUUUUUGGUUGGUCUGGGAUGAGACUCUGCAUUUUUUUUUUUUUUUAUUUAUUUUUUAGUUCUCGGCUGACACAACAUCUUUGUUUGUACGUGGUGCUGAGGAUCGAACCCGGGCCGCACGCAUGCCAGGCGAGCGCGCUACCGCUUGAGCCACAUCCCCAGCCCCUUAAAAAGACUUUAAAUGCUAGGAGACUAUUAGUAUCCUGGUGGAGAUAAAUGCUUUCAAAAUUUGAGGUUUUGCUAGAAAGUUUGAAUUUUAUCAUUGUCAAAAAAUGCUGUCGGUUGUUUUCCUUGAAGGGAAUGGCUUGGUUGGUUCAGGAUGCAUCUCAUUCACACAAGGGCUUUUCUUCUGAAGUAUCAAUUCAUCUUGAUACACAGUGGGAAUGUUUUAUGCAUACUUCCCAUUCAUCAUUAAAAUUGAUUGUAAUCAGUAACUGAGUUUUUUUUCCUAGGUAUCAGGGAUUGAACUCAGGGGCACUCAACUACUAAGCCAUAUCCCCAGCCCUACUUUUUGUAUUUUAUUUAGAGACAGAGUCUCUCUGAGUUGCUUAGUGCCUUGCUUUUACUGAGAUUGUCUUUGAACUCAUGAUCUUACUAUCUCAGCCUCCAAAGCUUCUGGGCAGUAAUUAAGAUUUCAUGAAAUUAAUGACUUUUAUUGCAUCAUUCUUAGGAGAUAUCCCCCACUGCCACAAACACAGAAAACUCAUAAAGGUGAAAAAUAUCAUGGCCAGAGUUUGAUGCCUCUGGCGUGAUUCAUAGGCAGGUAAUGACACCAAUGCUUCUGCAUUUUCAGUGCAAAUGCAAACCCAACCAAAAGAUAAAUAUAGUCUUACUGUCAUUAUGAAGAUAGCUUUGACCUCUUAGAUUUCCCAAAAGUGUCUUAGGCUAGGAGUUUCCAAGUUUCAAGUAGUAAGUAAGAUUAUCAUUAAUAGUCUAAUGAACUGUGGUUGAUUUUGUAGAAGAUUGCUAAUUCAAUGAAAAAAAUUAAUGAAAAAAGAGAGAAUACAUACUUUGACUACUUUUAUUAUGGGCUGGAUGCUGUCUUUUGCCCUUACUGAUCCACUCUCAUCUCUCUGUUCAGUGUCUCUAGAAGGUGAUCUUCAUGGACUCUGUCACUGAGCUCCUUGAUCACUGGCUAUCAGAGGAUUUGGCUAGUAGAAUAACAGGCGGGAGAUCAGAGGGCAAAGGAAAAAUGUGUCAAGAGCAUUUAUUCUUAAUUCCUUUCCUGCCAGGCAACUGAUUGACUACCACUUUAUUUCUCUUUCAGGGGCCAAAUGCCCUAUCAUGGCUAUUAAUCAGAGUUAAGAAAAAUAAUAUCAUUAUGACUUUCUGAUGUUUCAAAUUAUUUUUAUUUACUUUCUCCAUAUAUCAUAAGAUUUGUGGAAUUCAUUUAUGUAUGAAUAAUGACAACUGUGUUUACAAAAGUUAAUUAAAUUGGUUGAGAUCUCAAAACUA